AACAUGACGACGUUCUUGUGGGCGGGGUUUGUCAGCCUGGCCAGUGUUUUGUACGUGUUUUGAUGACGCGCAGUGUUCUGCGCUGAGUGGGCGUGUCUUGAGCGAUGAAAAAUAACAGAUGCCAUGUUGGCUGUGCAGAAAUGAAGGUAUUUGCAGCAUUAUGGAGAGAGAUUUAAGCUGUUUAACAGAACUACAGUGCUUCAUUUCACACUCUGAACACACAGAAACCACUGAGAGAACCAGGACGCUGUACGAGGAGAUCCGGGCCUCCGUCAAUAAUCACGAUAAUAACGGUGAUGGGUCAUUCUGGCGCCCGGUGUUGCCCUGGGGUGGGGUUUACCCCAUCAGAGCAGGUCGAAAAGCCAUCGCCUGCACACCACUUUAUGUUAAGAUCAAUCUGAAGAACACCUGCACCAUCGACGGGUUCCUCAUGCUCCUCUACAUCAUCCUGAAGGACAAUCACACCUUCCCCAGAGAGGUGGCCACGUUCCUCGGGAAACAGUUCGUGGAGCUCUUCCUCUAUCUUAUGGACUCUUACGACUACACUACAGUAAAGAUGUUGUGGAUCUGGGACCGCAUGUCCAAGCGUCAGUAUCGCUCAGAGGUCCACCAAGCGGCUCUGGAGAUCGAUCUCUUCGGCAACGAGCACGAGAACUUCACCAAGAACCUGCAGAACCUGAUGUGUAGUGUACAGGAGAGCUGGUGCUCUAACUUGGGCUGUCCGGCUCGUUUUCAGGAGGAUCUUCAGAAGACCAUCAACAUUAGUCCUCCACAUGAGCUGCCUGAUAAAGAUCCCAUUCAAUCAGCAGUCGAUGAGUUUUUCUGCCCACGGCUGGAAGUCUGUGAUGAAUUCAAAUGUAAGGGGUUGAGAGAAUUCAGUCAGCGUGUGUUUUGUCACGGCCCGCCUCCUUUCAUCAUUCUGAACAUGCAGAUGUGGCAGUCCGAGGAUCUGUCUUACGUACCGUAUCGCCUUGAACUGUCUGAUCAACGGUACUCAUUAGAGGGCGCUACACUCUUCAACAGAGACGAGCAUCAUUAUUCUGCUGCGUUUCAGAUGGACGGAUACUGGAUGCACUAUGAUGGUCUACGUAGUGACAAUCUUGUGCUGUUGAAUAAACCACCGGAGUUCCUGCUCCUCUCAUCUCUAGUUUACAUCCGAGCUUCAGACAAAUAAACCACACAGAGAAACGGCUGCUACCAGAAAGAGUCUCAAACUGAGUCUUCUUCAUGGCCUGUUUGGUACUUUCAUGAUGUCCUCUGGACACUUUUACUUAUUUUCAAUAUUUCCUUCAAUGAAGAUCUAGAUUGAAUGAUUAGUUUUUGUUAUACUACAUAUUUUUGUGAAAUUUUAUAUUCUUAUAUAUCUAUAUAUAUAUAUUCAAUUUUGUAAUUUCUAGAUAAUGUCGUCUGAUUGCUGCCUUGCACAGUAAAGGGCUUUUUUCAGGCGUGCUUGGAAUCCAAGAAUAUUUUCAUGAACUAUAAUAGUUUUGGCCUGUGUGGGAUUUGUAUAUUGACAGGGAAAAGCUCAGAACUGCAUUCAGGUCCUUUGCAACGUCCACAAAGUCCAAUGUAAACUUUAUAUCUGAAGAUGAAAGUGUGUUUUACAUCAGGCUGUUGAAACUGGAUGAGAUGUUUGCUAACAGAAAAUGAACGUCUACAUUAUUAAAAUAUCAAAUUAGCAUUAUAUCACACAUGGUUUCUUUUUUGUUCCAUAUAUCAGUACCCAUACCCAGCGUCUGUAUGUUUCUAAAUGAUUUUAAUCUAUACAUUGCUUUCAGUUCCCUGUUUUUAUCUUUUCUUUCACUCAGAUUGUUUAAUCUACUCAGUGUUAUGAGUAAUGUUUACCCUUUAUCUAACCAUUUUGAUAGUUUUUACUUUUACUGGAUUACAAGUUAGAGUCAGUGGUGACUCGAGUACAUUAUUAUUAAUAAUGAUAAGUGCUGUGAUGGCAUUUCUUUUCCACCUAGAUUCAUUAAAAUUAUACAGUAGUCUAGCAUAUUCUGUCUUUUUUUAUAUGUUGUCUUUGUAAAUAAAAUUUGAACUACAUCUGUAA